UCAGUAGCGCGAAGCUACUUUCCCUCUCGGAUGUGCACACACGUCUGUGCGUCGGCCUCUUUGUGACGUCACAGGCGUUGUCAUCCGCCCCGCUUCCGUCGCGGUUCCCGACGAGUCUGACUGAGGGCGUUUAGAACUGUCGUCGUUUGGAAAUUAAAAUAUGGCCGCAGGACCUCUGUCUGUUUCUUCGGCGGCGUCCCCGAGCAACGAUGGCAUCCUCAUCGGCGACAAGGUGUACUCGGAGGUGUACCUCACCAUCGACAACUCGCUCAUCCCCGAGGAGAGGCUCUCCCCCACGCCGUCGAUGCUGGACGGCCUCGACCUGCACGCGGAGACCGACCUCCGCAUUCUGGGCUGUGAGCUCAUUCAGUCGGCGGGGAUUCUUCUCCGUUUACCGCAGGUAGCCAUGGCCACUGGGCAAGUGCUUUUUCAUCGCUUCUUCUACUCCAAGUCCUUCGUGAAGCAUAAUUUUGAGAUUGUGGCAAUGGCUUGUGUUAACUUGGCCUCCAAGAUUGAAGAAGCCCCCAGGCGAAUACGAGACGUCAUCAACGUCUUCCAUCACUUGAAGCAGAUGAGAGUCAAAAAGACUCCAAGUUCAUUGAUUCUUGAUCAGAACUAUAUUAACACCAAAAACCAAGUCAUCAAAGCUGAGCGACGUAUCCUAAAGGAGUUGGGCUUCUGUGUGCACGUCAAGCAUCCACACAAGAUUAUUGUCAUGUACCUGCAAGUCCUGGAGUGUGAGAAGAACCAGACGCUGGUCCAGACGGCCUGGAACUACAUGAAUGACAGUCUGAGGACUAACGUGUUUGUCAGGUUCCAAGCAGAGACCAUUGCCUGCGCCUGUAUAUACCUUGCUGCUCGAGCCCUGCAGAUCCCCCUACCCGCCAGACCACAGUGGUACCUGCUGUUUGGAGCAACUGAUGACGAGAUUAAAGAUAUCUGCAUCACCACCCUUAAACUGUAUACAAGGAAGAAGCCCAACUAUGAGCAGCUGGAGAAGGAAGUGGAGCGAAGGAAGAUGUUCUUGGCCGAUGCCAAACUUAAGGCCAAGGGGCUCAAUCCUGACGGCACCCCGGCGUUGUCCACUAUGGGGGGCUUUUCACCCGCGUCCAAACCUUCUUCUCCAAACGUGGUCAAAGUGGAAGAGAAGUCCCCCAGCAACCAGACGGCCAAAGCAGUGAAGAAGGAGGCAGAUAGUCGCACGCAGAUUACAAAGAGUCCACACAAUGGGAUGAGGAAAGAUGUGAAAAUGGGCAGGAACAGCAGGAGUGGAAGUCGUUCACGUUCAAGAACACGCUCGCGCUCUCGAUCGCGUUCUCCUCGCAGACACUACAACAGCAGACGCAGUCGCUCAGGAACUUACAGUUCUCGCUCACGCUCUCGAUCGCACAGUCGCAGUCCGUCGCCGCGGAGACACCCUCCCUCCCCCCUCCUGCCCCACCUCAAGUCCAAGACCAGCCACCAUAGCAACAGCGACUCCAAGGCCAGCGGGCGCCACAGCAACAGCGGCAGCGGCCACAAGAGGAAGCGCUCCCGUUCCCGCAGUCCCGUCAAAGCGGAGCGCGAGCGAGGGAGGGAGCGAGAGCGGGGCUCCUUCGACCUGACGUCCAAGAAACACAAACACGAGCGAGGAGGCGGCCAUCGGGGCGACAGGAGAGAGCGGGAGAGAUCUCGCUCGUACGAAAGGGAAAGAGAGCGUGAGCGUGGUCACAAGAGCAAACAUCACAGCAGCGGCGGACAUUCAGGACACAGUCGACAUCGACGCUGAGGACUAUUUUCUAAUGUAAAUACUGUACUUUGCUUUCUGGGUUUGGGUUUGUACCGAGUCUGUCACACCUGCAGCUAACAUUUAGCACAGGUGGACCGUAACCAGCAAGCAGUCCUGCCCUUUUUCUUUACAGUGUAAACCUGUUCACUCGUCAAUGCUUUCAUUUUUUAAAGCCAGUGAAUAGUGGACUUGUCUGCAGGCUGCUGGAUCUGCAUUCCAAAGAGCCUUUUUGAUAUUUUUUUUGUUUUCAUCCCACUUGGUUUGGACAAUAUUUUAGCACAGUUAACUGGUUCUUAGUCUGCACAUAUUCAUCUCCCAUUUGUAUUCAAUAAAUGACUUAUAGCUCUGAA